UCCAAGUAAAAGAACGCAGUCUUCCCUAAUUCUCAUUCACAUUCGCUUCGGAGCAGCUUUUUGGAAUUUGAUCAAUUGAAUUAUAUAUUUGGCUUAGCUUCGAGUCUCCUUCUUUGAAAACUAAGCUAAAUUAACUGCUUGUACAGAAGAAAAAGCUCCAUUAAUCAAUGGAAGAAAGUUCAAAAUUGGCUUUGCCGGACGCAUUCCUUGAUUUUCUCCAGGUGAAUGGUCUCGACCCUUCGAUUUACACAGCUAGCGAUUCCACCCCUCGGUAUAUAAGGUUGAAACCUGGUUGUGAAGCUUAUCUUGAAGAGGUUGAAGCUGAGAUGAAAUGCAAGAUUGAGAAAGUGGAUUGGUUACCUGGAUUCUAUUCACUUCCACCUGAUAUUCAGAUUGCUAGCUCGAAGGCGUACCAAGAAGGAAAGAUAUAUGGAAUUGAUGCGGCUUCUGGAGCUGCUGUUUUAGCUCUAGAUAUUUCAGCAGGAGAUCAUGUACUUGAUCUUUGUGCUGCCCCUGGUGCUAAACUUUGUAUGAUAUCAGACCUUCUUGGUGGUUCGGGUUCUGUAACUGGUGUUGAUGUUGCAAGUCAUCGUUUAGCAGCUUGUAGAACAAUGCUGCAGAAAUAUGCUCUGGGUGAUCGGUGCCGACUCUUUGUUGGUGAUGGAACAACAUUUUCUCUCCUUCCUGUGGGAUUUCAUUCAGAAUCAAAAUCAUGUAAUCUAUAUGGUGAAUCUGCACUGGAAGGAAAGGGGGAUGCAUUCAGGGAGUGGACAUCUAGGAGACCAUAUAAAGAAAGGAAAAAAGCAACUAAAGCAAGGAAAACUGUUGCUUCACAGUUAGUCCUGGGGUCUCAACAUCCAGAACUUAUAUUUUAUGGGCGGCAUUCUGGUGUGGUUGGACUUACUAGAAGUGAAUUAUAUCAAAGUGGUUGUGACAGUGAGGUUUCAAGCCAAGGCUACGACAAGGUCCUUGUGGAUGCAGAGUGCACACAUGAUGGGUCAAUUAAGCAUAUCCAAAAAUUUGAACAUUGGGGCUGGACAACUCUUCAGCAUCGUGUAUUGGAUGCAGAGAGAACUGAUAGUUUAACUACUCUUCAGUUAAAACUUCUAAGCAAUGGUUUUAGAUUACUAAAAGUCGGGGGAUCACUUGUCUACAGCACUUGCAGUUUGACUGUUGCUCAAAAUGAAGAUGUGGUACAGAAGUUUCUCAAGGAAAAUGCUUCUGCAGAGUUGCAGGAAAUUAAUGGUGCCAAAAAUUGGCCUUGCAAGAGUGGGCAGAUACCAAAUACCUUGCGCUUUGAUCCUCUGACAUCACAAACUAGUGGCCUUUUUGUAGCAAAAUUCCUGAAGUUGGCCAUUUAGUAAAGGUUGGUUCUAGUUCAUGCACACUUGCGUGUUUUAAUAGCUAAAUAACUAUAGCUAUCAUAAAAUAGGUCAUGCCCAGUGCACAAACAUAGUCUAGGGAAGGUGGUUGGUAGAUAGCCUUACCCUCAAUUUUGGAGAGACUAAUUCCCCAAUAACUCUAGUUGUCAUGAAUCAAUUAAUUGAUCUCUUUUGACUUGGUUGUCAAGAAUUUUUCUUCAUUUUUUUUUGAUAACCGAGACCUUCCCAACACGCUCCCUUCAGAGUUGUGGUGGCUAGAGCAAACUCGGGAUUUAAGCUUGCAUAUCAGGUAAUUGCAACUCAGAUGCAACAGCUUGGGAUCCAACCUGUCUGGGUUUACAGCUUAGGCUCUCACCUUUACCACUGAGGCAUAAUGGGAGGUUGUAAGAAUUUUUCUUCAUUUUAUCUUCAACAUUUCUGGAAGUGUAUAUAAUUUGUUAUCCUGAGAAAAAACAUGUACAAAAUUAUGAUGCACCCUUCUCCUUUCCAAAAUAUUCUAGAACAGAUCAAAAUAAGCUUUGUUU